AUUUAUGUAAAGUGUUUGUAAUCAUCGCACAGCACCAGUGUUUGGAUACCUAAAAUGAUAGCUGGAAACAGACUUUGAAAGAAGUGAUUGAUUAAAUACAGGAAUGCAGUAGUCUUCCAUGGAGCUAAUACAGCUUGUUAUUUUAUAUCAAAUUAACAACUGGCAUUUUAAAGGAAUCUGCCAUAAAAAUCUAUGAUUGUUCGUCAGCAUUCAAUCGGAGGUAUAGGAACACAAGAAGAAAUGAAAGAUUUAUUCAAAGAACAUGAAGAUGAAUCAGAAAACGGCAAAUGCGGAAAUAAUUCAAAGCGAGUGAAUCUUGUGGAAGAAAUGAAACCUGCGGAGCCCAGAGUGCAAGUUCGUGAUUCCGCUGCUAAAACUGCCGGAAAUCAUUUGAUUACCAGAAGAAUUACUAUUGCUGGAGGAUUUUUGGACAUUGCACUUUUUACCACCAAUUGCGAACAGAUGAAAUUUGUUUUGGAACUAGGAGAAUAUCAUAUUUAUUACCGUCAAGUUCUGGGUCUUCUGAUUACAUCUUUAAUACUCCAACUCCUCGUCGGCUUAACGAUGUUUUUGCUAGGAUGUCACGUGGUAAACAAAUACAGCAGUGAGACUUACUCGAACGUUUUAAACCAUGCCACAAUGGGUCUGGUCGCUCUCAUUACUAUCACUAACAUCUUCAUCAGCACCUUUGGACCGAAAGGAGAUGCUACAAUUGGAAGGUGUUUGGCGACUUAUGCCCUUUCUAACCCAUCUGGUCCUGUUUUGAUGUCAAACUUGAAUGCUACCAAAAAUUACAACAUCAGCAGCUUUUGAGAAGUCUCGUUUCUUUCAAAAGAUGCUUGGAAAAAACUAUAUAAUCUCGCAAUUUUUUGUUAAAAAAUUUUGCUUGUUGUCAUACAAAAUGCUUCACUGAGUAGUUAUAAAAAUAGAGGCGCUACAUUGAACUGAUGUUGAUGAAGCGCUCAUCAAUUAAAAGCGCUCAUAAAUAAGUGGAAACCUAAAGUAAAAGGUGGAUCAUGUUUGACUACAAUAUUUCGUGUACUGUACACUCUUUCUCCUCAUUGCCAUCCUUGUAUUUUAAAUGUUUUAUGCAGUCUUUCGUUGUUGGUGACCCUCCACGUGAUUAUAAAUGAAGAGUUUCAUCAUUUAUAGACGGAAUGGCUUUGAAUGGAUGGAAAUGACGAGAAAGUAUUUAAAGGUUAAUUUUCACUUUUGUUACACCUGUAUAGAGCUCCCACUCUCUUUCAUACUAAGAUUUCACCAUAAAACUCUAAUGUUGUGUCUUGUUGCCAUAUUUCCGAUACCGAUUUUUAAUAACAGGCUUUUUCUAGACGAGUACCUUUCACAUCCUUUGAAUAUAUUCUAUUUACAAACCAUUUUGUUCUACUGGUGAGUUACUCCUCAUCAAAAUUGAUAUUA